CGUUUCCUGUUGCUAUUGUACUACUCUUCCAUGUUUUUCAGCCAGAUCAACAGCUGUAAUGUAAACUAAAAGGGGGACGACAGCUGCGGUUGUGUGAUUUGUCCUCACAUUCGUGAGUCCGCCUAACGUCUGCCACGUCGCUACCGCCGGUAGAGGCUCUGUUUCGUGGCAAAAUGGCCAACUGUGUGGCAUUCCAGAGCAAGUUAGCCUCCAUCAUGGAGAUGCUAGCCAAAGCAGCCGUGGUGGAAAUCAGCAAACUAUGGGAGGACGGAUUCGCUCUCGUUCAGGUCGAGCUUCGCCGGAGAGAAAGUGAAAUUGAAGCACUUAAUAGAAAGUUGAAGUCGAUGGAAAACGAGCGGUUAACGGGUCUUCCUCAGGUCACUAAUAAGUCCACAUCUUUUUCUAAAAGAGAGCAGCAGAACAAGCUGCUGCCGCCCGCCGGUGAUGGGCCGUCUGCAGAGUCGGUGCAGACCUCGUCCUCUGUCCAGAGCAGCAGAGAUAAGGCCGACUCCUCAGUGAGCAGCAGCUCUCCGCCACCUGCUCAGACAGAGGAAAAACAAGAGGAGCCGUUCAAAUCCGCCCGCUGCGAGGACAGGAACGACCAUGACUUAACCGUCAAGCUAGAGGACGAGGACGACGUCCAGAUUGUGGAGGGGUCAGUGGACGCUGAGCGCGGCAGUAACGCCGGAGCAGGUCACCGCGAGAUGGAAACGAACCACCAGCCCGUCGAGGCCGGGCAGGAGCCGGAGAGCCGGCAGUGGCUCUGCGUGUCCGUGGCAGACAGCGACACAGAAGACAACUCUGACUUUAUCUUCGAACCAAAGCAGCCAUCGCAAAACCUGGACUCGGAAAUAUUGCUCAUUCAAAACGCCUUGGACAUUUUUGACAAUUCCGCAGAGGCGGCAUACUCUGACAGGUUCUUGAGGGAUUGUGAGACAGUGCAAAGUGCCUCAAAUAAGCCCAGAGUUCCCAUGACUUUUGGCCAGUCUCAGCCAAGUGUACCCACGGAAGCAAUAAACCGCCCUGAGCGAGGAAUGUCGGUUCGAUUCCCCUCAGAAAAACAGCCUAAACAGACUAAAAACAUGUCGGCUUUCAGCCCAGAGAGCAGGUUCUUCCUUCUAAACGACCCGGAGUUGCACAAAACGAUGGCGAACCGCCGCAUUAAGGAGAAGUGGUACAUCUGCCCGUUCUGCGGCAAAAGCUUCGACCGCAUCAGCCACCUGGAGAUCCACCAGCGGAUCCACACAGGAGAGAAGCCCUACACCUGUGACACAUGCGGCAAGAGUUUCUCACAGAGGAGCAACCUGCGCACGCACCAACGGACUCACAGGGAGGCUCUCACCCAAAACGCGGCUUAAUGCAAGAACUUUAGAAACAUCAGUGUCAUUUGUGUUUAGCUUAAUUGAUUUUAUGAUGUAUUUUAAUACCGAAAAAAUGUAGCCAAUUGAUUUUAUGUGCACAUUUUUAGAAAAACAAUAACUUUGACCCUGUUGUCAAAACUAACAUUGGUACUCCUGACCUGUUCAGGGCUUUAUUUAAGAUAAUGAAUUUAGAUUUUUUUUACAUCCUGUAAAUAAGGAAACACCUCUGUCUUAAACCUUUGGCUAAUUUGAUGUCAGUCUCUGCAUAUGUUUAGAUGGAAAGGAAUUUUCCAGUAAAAACUUCUAAAAUCUUACCCUUAAAGGAAAAAAGAUAAAUAUUACAGAAACCCAUCAUCAACACCAGCCUGUGUUGAUUAUAUUGACUUGCUCACAACAAAUUUCAACUGGGAAGAUCAGGAUUUAAUGCAAACGAAAGCCAGAUUUCAAACUCAGGAACUUGUGUAAGGUUUGUCAGACAUGCAUUCCCAAGAAAGGCGAAUUUACUCCUUUUUAUCUUUUUUGACAAAACUGUUCUGAAACCAGGUGAGCAAAUUUGUCUUUAAAGUUCAGAGUAACAGUUAUAUGUUCAUCUCCUAAACAAAAAUAGAAUUUUGGAUAAGAUGAAGGCUUGGGAGGGGUGUAAACAUUGUAACGAAGGCCCAACAUGUAUUUGUACCAAGCCCUGUAACUUAUAAAUGGAGAAAGAAAGGAAUGUAAACAUGUGAUUAUUGUCUUGUGCCCAGAAGCGCUGCGCUUCCGGCUGGCUGUAGCAUCAGAACCUCUCUUCCUCUGUCCGUUUUCAGGUCACACUGGGAAAACACAGCAGCAGCUCAGAUGCACAUCUGGAUAACCAGGUGAACUGGACCAGAAGGAAAUUCACCAGUGGGAUCAUAGGAAAACAAAUAUUUUACCACAGUGAUAAAUGGUAGACGUUUUCCACCGUUUUCAUCAUCUGAAUCUUCUUCAUCACACUGUUUACGCACCAUCAGUUUGUUCACAUUUCAUUCAUAUUAAUGGUGAUACCUCUUUACUUAAGAUACUGUCACUAAAGGAUCCUUCCAAGUUAAACAUAUCUCUGUCAGGUUUUUUAAGGGGCUUCCCAAUGGAUCCAUACUACUUUAGGAUUUUUUUUUGCACUAAAAUAAAAGGAACUAAACAAAGUUUCUU